GACAUUGACUAAUUACGACUUCCUACUAGAGAUUGUUUAAUCGGAGUAGUCGACUAUUAUUUGCGCCGAAUUGUUUGGGUCCCAAAACCCCCCAGUUUUGUAAGAUGGAUGCGUUCAAGCUUCUGACGCGCUCCACCAAACUGAAAACAGGCCGUGCGACGCCAUCUACAACUGCGUCCACCCUCCCGUCCAAAGGCAAGGCCGCCAACCCGCAGCUUUUCCAGAACUCCGAAGCAGACAAGCUCCUGCACGGUACGAAGCGAAAGAGGAACAAUGAUUCCAAAGCGCGCGACGCAGACGACGCCCAUGACGCCGAGUUAGACUUUUUCGGCUCCGGGAAGCCCUCGUCGGCGAAGAAAGAAAAGAUCGACGAACCGCCGUCUGACGAGGAGGAUGCCGCCUCAGGGUCCGACAAUGAAGCCAGCGACGUUAUAGAUGAUGUUCAGUGCCGGACGAUCUUGAAUGCGCACAAGAUUAAGGUCACUGAUAUGCGCGAUUUCGAGGACAUCCAGCCCGCGGCGCCGGCUGAGGAGCCCAAGAAGAAAAAGAAGAAGAGCAAGCAGAAAGAGGAGACACCCCGCGCGCUUACCAAAAAAGAACAGAAGAAUGCCCGUCGGUUAUUCCCGCAGCCGCUCGUGUCGUUCAAGGAGCUGCGGUCCAAGUAUCGCAUUUCGCGCCGUCUGGCGGAGAAUGUCGCGGAGCAGGGGUUUUCGGUCCCGACGGAGGUGCAGCUGGGUACUUUGCCGCUUUUGUUGGGUGAUUCUGCUACUGCGCAGGUUUCUGGGACUGGGGCGCCUGUUGAGCCGGAUCUGCUGGUCGUUGCGCCUACGGGGAGCGGCAAGACGCUCGCUUUCCUGAUCCCGGCUAUCAACAAGGUCGUGCGACAUCACCAUGAACGCUCGGAAGAACGGGGCAUUCUCUCUGUCGUUGUGGCUCCGACUAAGGAGCUUGCCAGCCAGAUUGUUAACGAAGGGCGAAAGCUGGUCCAGGGAACUGGCGUGAAGAUCACGCUGAUGAAGAAGGGUAUGCAGGUGGUGGAGACUGAUGGGGAUGGCGAAGAUAUUCUCAACGAGAACAGCUCCGAAUCCGAAGAAUCCGAAGACGAUGAGAAGCCGGAGAAGAAGACCAAGGCGAAAGCUGCCGUCACGAAAAGCGACAUCCUGGUCACGACACCGCUGCAACUGGUCAAUGCGCUCUCCGCCCACCAGACCAAACCGGUAGCCGCGCUGCCGCUGGUGCGGAGUCUGAUUUUGGAUGAAGCCGAUGUUCUCCUAGACCCCCUGUUUCGCGACCAAACCCUCGAUAUCUGGCGCGCAUGCACACAUCCCGAGCUCCGCGCGAGUCUCUGGUCCGCUACGAUGGGGUCAAACAUCGAGGAUAUGGCCAAGUCGACCAUCGCGGAGCGGAAAGAGGCAUCUGGCGCUACCACAUCUUACCCAUUCAUCCGUCUCGUCGUCGGCCUGAAGGAUUCAGCCAUCCCCAACAUCCAACACAAGCUGAUCUACGCUGCCACGGAGCAGGGCAAACUGCUAGGCUUGAGACAGCUCCUUCACCCAGCAGCGGCGUCCGCAACCGACGUCCGCCUCCGUCCUCCAUUCCUCAUCUUCACCCAAACCAUCCAACGAGCAGUCGCCCUGCACUCCGAACUGCGCUACGACAUCCCCGUCGAAGCCGGUGGCUCGUCCCGUAUCGCCGUCCUCCACUCCGACCUCUCCGACGGCCAGCGAUCAGACAUCAUGAAAGGAUUCCGCAAAGGCGAAAUCUGGAUCCUGGUCACCACGGACCUACUGGCGCGCGGGGUCGACUUCCGCGGCAUCAACGGCGUCGUCAACUACGAUAUCCCGACCUCCGCAGCAGCCUACGUCCACCGCGUCGGCCGCACGGGUCGCGCCGGGCGAGAAGGCGGCGUCGCAGUGACUUAUUAUACCAAGGAGGAUAUCCCGUACGUCAAGAGCAUCGCCAACAUCAUCGACGCUAGUGAGAAGCUGCGCGGCACGGAGGGCGAGAAGUCCGUGCAGAAGUGGCUGCUCGACUCGCUGCCGGACCUCAGCAAGAAGAGCCGGAAGGAGUUGAAAAAGCAUGGCGUCAAGGCCCGGCAGACCCAGUCCACGGGCGACGACGACAAGCAGCGCGCUAAGUCUCGAAUCAGUACGAAGAGUGGCUUUGAGCGGCGCAUGGAGAACAACAAGAAGGCUGCUAUCGCGGCUAGUCGCAGCCGGAAAUCCCAAAACCAGGGCGUCGCGGAUAAGGACAGUGGCGAUGAGUGGAGUGGGUUAGACGAUUAGUCUCGUGCUGUACAGAUGGAAGGUUAG